AUGACUGGUCAACUCUCUCUACAAGACUCGGCUGCUCCAAAGAGGAAUUCACUGAUUACUUCUUUUUUUAAACCUGCUGCCAUCAUCGAUCUUACUUAUUCAGAUCCUGACUCAGAACCUGCUAUAUUGAUUCAAGAUAAAAGCAAGUGCGACUCUGUAUUAAACUCGACUCAAUCCUGGACUACCAUUCGACCUACUCGAAGUAACCAAUCCUCCACAAAACAUACUUCUGGAAUUCCUGUGGUAAAUCGAUCAUCCACCACCAUUAAAAGCUCGUCAAAUACUAAAAUCGCUGCAAUUUCUACUCAAUGUCCGGACGAUCUAACCGACCCUUUUGCUGCUCCAGCUAAAUCUGCAAAAAUGGCAUCCAAGAGUCAAUCUACACUCCUUAAAUCAACUUCUACCACCGCUACAUCUCGAUCCCAGUCGAUCUUCACCCGUAAUACCAUAAAUACAAGAUCGAAAGCCAACCAAACCACUCUUGGUCAACAGUCCAAAAAAUUGCAUUCAUCAAUACAACAUCCAUCUAAACUACCAAUAUUGAGCAAAAGUUUAGUAGAUGAAAUAACAACUGCGUCCCAAACAACCACAGCUUUUUCAAAAAAACAACCAGUCACUGAACAGCACGCUUUGCCAAAAUCUAAAAUGACUUUGGCUACUAAAAAUAAACCAGUAUCAAGCGCCAACCACUUGAACGAGAGCACCAAGGAUUUAGCCAAUCGAUUAAAUCAAAUACACCACAGCGAUUUGUUGGUAGAAACAGAUUCCGCAAAACCUUCAAAAACUUUAGUUCAUGCACGUAAAUCACAAGAAAAUACUAUUCCCAACUCAUUAAAAUCCAUGGGCUCACGUAAACGUGUUGCUAUAACUGUUCAGCUUCCUGCAAAAUACCCCAGUUUUCAGGUUCAAAAAACUGCUUCCAGUCCAACUAUCAACGACCUUGAACUUUCAUCGGUUCAAAAUGUGAGCCAAACUUGCUCUUUUCAUGGUGAAUCAGAUCACUCGAGUCUUACAUCGCAUUCACCAAAAAGCUCAAAUAGUAAUUUAUUUCUUGAAAAAUCAUCCCAUGACUCACCAGAUACGGUUACAUCAAAGACCUUGUCAGCUUCAACAGACACAAAUACAGUAGGAGAUGUACCUUUUUUAAAAUCUGUAUCAGCUGAUAUGUCUGAUCCCCAGUAUCCUACUCUUGAUCAAAACGAAUCAACAGACACUGAUGAUGAUGAUUUACUCGGGUCAGUAUCUUCUGUCAAGAAUCUACCCAAGCGCAAAACACAUGUAAAACUUGAUGAAUCCGAUAAUACACCAAGUGGGCAAGCAGAAGGUAGCAAUGAAGCAAAUCUCCCUGUUGCAUCUUCAAGCGAAUCGUUGACUAUACACAGUUUGUCUAAUUUUUCUAGUAAAGCAUUGCAUAUAAUCGAAGAUACAAGCUUAGAAUUUAACCCUGAUCCGAUCGAUGAUGCUGAUUACUUGCCUAAACUCAAUGGCGUUGUUCCAGUUGCAAGUCGUAUAACACGCAGUGCUGUCUUCAAAUCCACUGGAGCUCAUGUUCAUUCUCCUUUACUUUUUGAUAAAAAAGAAAUGACUAGUUCUCAGUACGAUCUGUUUUCUAAAAAACAGCUGCAAAAAUCCAUGGCAUCUAUAAAUGAUUUGGACGCAUUGAUAAACCAGCAGCUUCAUAGAAAAAACACAAACUCCAAAUAUGUGUCAAUGUCAUGGCAGUUACUAUCCAAAAACACUACAAAAGACUCCAAUGUAGAAUCAAGCACAGAUAUAACAAACGAAACCUUUAAUCAUGAUAUCAAACAUAUGGACUACAACUCUGAUGAGGAAAUAGACACCACGACCAGUAAAAUCUCCAAGCUCGCUAACGCCGUUCCAGUAUUACCACCGCGUGAGGAUGCUCUGCUGAUUUCUCUGUUUGAAGCCAAUAGCCUAUUGGAGCAAAAUCUUUUUUUAAAGCUGCAAACUUUACUAGCAGGAGUGAAUCUUGAUGGACUCACACUUAAUGAAGCAUUUUGGUUUGUAACUGACAUGCGGAUUUUUCAUAUAAAACCCUUACGAGUAGCACUCCCAUCUUCUUGGAUUGAAAUUUUAAAAUCAUUGGGAAUGCCCUGUGCGUUUAAUGAAUCUUAUGAUACUUCUUUUCAUGUUGCUUCGUAUGUUGAGUAUGUGCCUUUGGACGAGCGUGGCAAAACCAGACAUCCGCCGCGGGCAUUUAUAUCUCAAGAGCAUUCUAUUCGCUGUGUAUUAAAAUCAAUGGCAUAUAUUGUUGAAUCAGGGUUUUUGAAAAUAUCGUUGAAACAGCGACAAAAAUGGAUCAACUGUAUUGUUAUUGCUACUUUAGAUUGUAGAUCAAGCCCUUUCUACAAAGAAGCAUCAGCACUAUUUCACCACCUUGUAGCUACAUGUCCGCGUUCUGAACUAAAAAAGCUAUGCAUAUUUUUUGAUUUGAUGGGAUCUAGUAUUGUUUCUUCUGAAAAUGGCAAAGAACAAUCUUUAUCCACAAUUUCUAGUAGUUUACUACAUCAGCCAUCCGUCAAAUAUACCGGAUUUAUUCAGGCAAUCCAGUGUUUGUCGUUUAUGAGUAUGAAUAGUUUUUCUGAACUAAAAGUUUUGUGGAUUCUCCAAAAUUUUGGACUGCAAUUGCUUGAUCGGAUAUUGAAUAGACAUGAAUCUCGCGGCACUUUUGAGUAUACGGACAGUGUAGAGUCAUUUACUGAUGGGAUGAAAGAAGCGUUGAACAUUCUUCAUCAAGAUUCACUGUUUUCAAAAACAUGCACUGAUUUUACUCGACUGGCAUGCGCUUCUCGAAUAUUAGGAUACGUAGUAGUUGGACGAACCGUCAUAUCAACCCAUUUGGAUUUUGCCAGUGAUUUUGCCAAAACUGUGCGUGUAUUACACAACAACAUAACCGAUUCGCGUGCUAUUUCUUUAGAGCGAACCAAGGCAAAACACGAACUGCUGCACCUUUCAACUUGGAUCAGGCUGGUUAUAGAUGCAUGUUCAACUGAACGUCAGCAUAACAUUCGCGAUUAUUUUUCAAGUAAAUAA